AUGGCGACGGCGAACGCACUCGGGAUGGGCGAAGUUCUUCCGACCAACAAUAUAACCUUUUCUCGACAGGCCGUUUUCAGAUCGGUCGAGGAAUUGGUUGAUGGGAGGGCGAAACUGCGGUAUGGUGGUAUGGGCCGGCGGCGAACGCGAAAGAUGCGACAGAGAGGAUCUUGGAGGAGGGAAUGGCGAUGGGCGGAGAGAAGAGAGAGAGAUUCGAGCAGCGAUAUCAGGGCGCUGGGAGCAAGUGGUGAAGUUGUUGUUUGCGACGCACGCGGUUGGAGUGAGAGACGGCGGCGGAGGGCGAAGAGGAGAAGCGAGUGA